GCCGCUUUAAAUAUGUAUUUUGGACAACAGCGUGAUGAUCCAGUAGUGGAUCAUAUGUUCGCCCUUGUUCAUCAGGAACAUUUUAAUAAGAUAAUUUGCCGAUUCACGCGAUUUGCUAAUUCGAGCUCUUGUCUGGACGUUUCUCCGUGAUUAUCAUCAUUUUGCGCGCAGCGAGAGUGUUACUUACGGCGGGACGUUCCGCCGCACCAUCGGGAGUCAUAUCGGCUUUUGUAUUCCGGUAGUCCGCCAUUAUUGGUGUGUCUGCGGCGUACGAUCAGCGUCUUUCGACGGUGUCUUGAGAGCGUGAUCAGUUCUCUCAUCGUCAGUCAUGGCUCGAAGCCGAAAAGAUAGCACGGGUAAGAGCGACUCUGAAGCUACAGACAAGGAGAAUAAAAAGGAGAGAGGCAGAGAGAAAGAACGGAAGAAACGUGCAGCUUCCUCGUCAAGCAGUGGCUCCAGCUCGUCGGACAGUAGCUCUGGAUCUUCGAGUUCUAGCAGUGGCAGUAGUUCCAGAUCAAGCUCCUCUUCCAGUAGCUCAUCCAGUAGUUCUGCCAGUUCUUCAGCCAGUUCUAGAGAUCGUGGAAGGAAAAGAAGUCGCAGCAAAAGCAUUGAUGCCUCGCGAAAACAUGACAAUAAGGAAAAGGAAAGAGAUAAAGAAAGAGAAAGGGAAAGAGAUAGGGACAGGGAUAAGGACAGAGAUCGCGAAAAGGAAAGAAAGAAAGGAAACAAUGCUGUCCCUGAUAAAACUAAACAAAAGGGACGAUCUAGAUCUCCCUCUCCACGUAGAAAGCGUAGAGAACGUUCGCCGAUUCCUAGACCAACGAAAAUACAUAUUGGCCAUCUAACACGGAACGUCACCAAAGACCAUGUUAUAGAGAUAUUUUCGGCAUAUGGUCAGAUAAAGAUGGUCGACUUUGCAUUAGACAAGCUUCAUCCAAAUCAGGGGAGGGGAUUUGCAUACGUCGAGUUUGAAACUGCAGAUGAAGCCGAGAACGCUAUGAAACACAUGGACGGAGGUCAGAUAGAUGGCCAAGAGAUCACAGCUGCUCCGGUAUUAUUGCCGAAGCCUCGACCGUUACCAAUGCGGCGCAUGUCACCAGGCAUGGGAAGACGCGCGCCACCACGAUGGGGUGGCGGCGGUAGGAACACACCGCCACGUUAUCGCAGGCGUUCGCCGCUUAUGAAUCGUCGUAGAAGCCCGCGACCACCGCGACGUAGAAUAAGAACUCGAUCGCGGAGUCCACCUGGGAACCCGCGACAUCGACAUCGUCGUUACACAAGGUCCAGUUCGAGCAGCUCUCGAUAAUGACUUUUCUUUGCUUUGUACAUAAGAUAUCGAAUUCGAAAUAUCCAAUAAUCAGUAUGUCAUAUAAUUGAGUUAAUGUAAAUGUUUUAACAAAGAAAAAAAAUCGACAUUAGUAUAUUAAUAAUCUCUUUGUAAUCAGCUAUCUUUCUCCUCUAAUCAUUUGGUGUGCUCAUAGGAUUUGUUUAAAUCAUUUUUUACACGUGAAUAAAUAAAAGAGUGGAUAAAACAAA